AGCUAAUCUUUUAAUAACCUUGCAUCAGGCUUUUUGAACAAGUCUUAAUUGCUCUCUCUCCACAGAGUGCGUCAUGCAAGGCUGAGAGCAUUUUGCCAAUGAAGAUAUUAAUUGGCAACAAAAUGAUCUGGCUAAUGUUGAUUCAUUUAUUUCUCUACUCCGUUCCACUUUGAAUCACCAUGCUGGAAACUCUGUCUUGAUUACUGCACAACAUGUUCAGUCACAGGUAAUUUUACAUCAAUGGCUCAAUUUGUCAAAUGUGCAUCACUGUAUCCUCUAUAUCACAGUCAAAGCCAUUAUGUUGUCCCUCUGAGGUGUUGGUGCUAUAGUCAUCCAAGAAAAUGUUUCCUCCUGCUAGAAAAGGAUUUAGUCAGACUGGAUUCCUGGCACAGGAGUCCAAGUCGGAGUGAUAUUAGCUGGAUGUAGAGGCAGGAGAAGAACAGUGAGGGUCAGACAAUAACAGACACUCUGAUCUCUGGUUUGAGCCAGGUAUCCGCUUUCCUUGUGCUGCUUUGUGGAGCUGAAUCCAAAGGGUUUGCCACACCCAUCAGAAAAAAAGCAGCGUGGCCUCUUGUGCUCCUUCCAAAGUCGACGCACUACUGACUUGUCAAGGAAACGAUGUUCUAUAUGUGGCUGCCCGCAUCACUUCCUUCUCUUAGGUGACAAACACAAUUUCCUUUAGCGCUGGUGUGAAGAUAAGUUUUACAGAAAUGUGCUAAAACUAGCUCUGGUGUUGGUCUUGCUGAUGCAGAAUUAUAUGUCUGUUCAAUACUGUGAUCUUUAGCAUUUUGAAUAGAAUGGUGUGAUAGAAAGUUGGGUCUUGUAUAUUAGCAAGCUUCAGUAAGAUAAACUUACAUACAACAUGUUUGGCAUUAAGUGUAAAUGGAGGUCACAAUAAAAAAGUUUGUUGAAUGAAAACAUUGUUAUUCUAAUAAAGAGGUUCAAAAAUAUAUGGUCCAGCAUUACGAUAUUGCACAGCACCUCAAUAAGUCUCAAUAAGGAUUAUAUUGUAUUAAGAAAACUGAAAGACAGAAUUAUAGUGCAGGGAUAUUCAAACUCUAAAUUACAUAUUAUACAAGAGAGGGAGAAAGAGUUAACUAAGCAUGGCUGAACUUUUCUGUUUUGACUCCUUGUCCAGAAGAAAAGUAUACACCUAUGUUUUAAUGCUCCAGUGCAGACAUAGAUAGAUAAAUAGAUAGAUUUGAUUUAUUUUGUAUUGUUAGUCUUAAUAUAAUAUAUUUCUUACAUAUAGCGCCUUUAAGCUUAAUUGGAGAGUGAAUAUGUAAAUAGGGCAGAAAGGCGCACUGUCGCUUUAAAUGGCAGCACCUCCCAGCAGCAGUUACUGAAUCCUGGUUGAGUUUCUCUGCAGCGUCCGUUCACUGACUAUGGUUUAUACUACAGACACUCAGUUCAGCAGAGCAGAGCGGAGAAAACCACACAGGAAGGAGGAGGAGGAGUGAAGCUGCUCACACUCACAGACACUGACAUCUGCCACUGUUUUGCACCGAUGUGACAGAAACUGCAGGGACGAGCUGAGCUGCAGGUGGACGUUAAUCUGGAACACAAUACAUCUGCAGCUGGACAUGGAUUAUUGGCAUGCGUCUUGGCCGCUUUGGAUUUAGUGAAGACACUCCACAGUCCUGCGCUUCUUUCUGUAUCCUCCCCGUCAAGAACAGGUGGAUCCUGUUUCUUUGCUCAGCUCUUACAUCCACCUGUAACCUUUAUGGGGAACCAGGUGGAGAAGCUGACGCAUUUAAAUUACGCAGAGGUGCCAACGUCGGACCCAAAUGGGCUCGACUCGGACGGCGACGGACCGCGCAUUGGCGUCUCUUAUAUUUUCUCCAACGAUGACGACGACCAGGACGAGAAUUUGGACAACUACUCAUCAGACAGUCACACUGUGAACCAUGAGGACAAGCUAUUCGACCCACAGGACGAGCUGGAGUGCGCGAUUUUCUACCGAGACGAGUGCGUCUAUGAGAGGAGCAGCGGAGCCGCGACGCACUCCGCGGAAAGUCUCCUGAACAAGUGUCGACCUGGAGACCUGCUGGAGUUUCUGGCCACCGGACAUUAUCCACAUUGGGCUGUUUACGUCGGCGAGUUCCAGGUGAUCCAUCUACACCGAGGUGAGAUAAAGAUCACAUUCCUCACUGAUGUGAGCCAGGGAAAACAGGGCAGGAUAGUGAACGGCCUCUACAGGUACCGUGCGCUCCCACUCGACGUGGUCGUGCGCAACGCUCGGGACUAUGUGGGAUCGAGAGACCAAGAGCUUUACUGGAGAAACUCUGAGUGCUUUGCCGCCUGGUGCCGUUUUGGCAAAAGAGAGUUCAAAAUCGGAGGUGAGAUUAGGAUUGGAAAACAGCCUUACAGGUUGAAAUUACGCUUUUCGGAGAAGCAGAACCACGUGCUAGAGUUUCAGAGCCUGGAGGACGUGAUCAUGGAAAAGAGGAGGAACGAUCAGAUUGGCAAAGAUGCUGUGACGCAAGAGCUGGCCAAUCACCUGAAUGCAACACAUGACAUUAAAGAGGAGCACUUUGUCAACUGAUGAGUCAACUGGUGGGAAAAUCCACAGUUUCACUCUGACAAAUGGAGCUGAAAGAUAAUGCCUCCAUUUUGCCAACUUAAGACUUUUGACCUGAGCCUGUGUGCGCAUACACCACACUGUAAGAAGCAUCUUUACUGGGGGGGUACAUUUGUGAAGCAAAUUACCAGUGUCAAAACAUACUUUUCACAAACAUAUUUGUAUUUCAAAACGUGAGAAAUGUUCAUGCACCACAUCCUAGGUUAGUUCCUCUUCAAAUAAGUGUGAUUUUAAACACCCUCCACCUAAAGACCACGUGACUUUGAAGACUGAGUGUCCACAACUGUUUCUAAUCUAAUGAGCCUUUGCACAGAGGAGCGAAACCACCUCCAAUGUACUUUUACCUGACCACAGUGCUGAAAACCCUGCUCCUGUACAACUCAGGUGUUGGAGACCAAUACAAAGCAGAAGAAACUAAACUAUAGCUUUUUCUUACUGUGUCAGCUUUGAUGAUUCCCUUCUUAUGCUUUGUAUCUGAGCAUCACACAGCUUUACCCACUCUUGACUAUUUUGUGAACAUAGUAAAUAGUGCACUUUUUCUGAUUCACACCCUUUCAACAAUUUAUUUUUUUGGAGAAAAAAAGAUGUUUGUAUGAAGGAAUAUUGAAAUAAAUCUAUAUUUGAACAGUAAA